AACUUUUCUCUAGUCUCUCUCUUUCUCGAUUUCAAACUCAACUUUGUUCUUUGUUCUUGUUCUUUGUUCUUGUUCUUGUUCUUGUUGUUGAAGAACCACAACAACAACAACAAGAAUGUACGAGCCCCAACAUUUCCUAGAUUUACAGGACAAUGCCAGUUACGGAGACCCAAAAUCAUGGCUUUCCUCCGAAGAUCACUCCCCUUCUCGUACUCAGUCUUCUCUCUCCAACGCCAUCUCCACCGCAACUUCCGGCACUGUCGACCCUGUCCUCUUCAACGAUCUUGUUCAGAUUGUUCCUCUCGUUCAGUCCCUAAUUGAUCGGAAAGCGAAUUCAUCAUUUACUCGUCGUGGUUCAAUGAUCUAUACCAAGACGCCUUCUAGAGAAUCACUCUCCAGAAAGCUAACUGAACCAAAAGGAAGGAAUGUAGCUCAAUCUAUUCCAACUAAAAAACGGAGGGACCAUGCAGACAAGGAUCAAGGGAAGAUUGCCAGUGAUAACCAAGAUGGAUGCUCCGACAGUUUCUCAAUUUUCUCCUCCAGGGCAUUACCAACAGAAAAGGACCGAGAACAGUUGACUGCAUUAAAAGAACAAGUGGAAGAUCUUCAAAGGAAAUUAUUAGAGAAAGAGGAACUUCUGAAAUCAGCAGAGAUUUCAAAGACCCAGAUGACUUCCAUGAAUGCAAAAUUUGAGGAGUUGAAACACCAGGCUGCAGAUAAGGAUUCAUUAAUCAAGUCUACUCAACUACAACUAUCUGAUGCAAAGAUUAAACUGGCUGACAAACAGGCAGCAAUUGAAAAAUUACAAUGGGAAGCAAUGACUUCCAACAAAAGAGUGGAAAAGCUCCAAGAAGACCUAGGUUCCAUGCAAGGAGAGAUUUCAUCAUAUUUGUCAUUGUUUGAAGGCUUGACAAAGAAUCAUCCCACCAUGUCUGCUGAAGAUUAUGAUGUCACACCUUAUCAUUUGAAUCAUCUUCCUCAUACGGACGAUUGGGACGAGACAGAGAUGCAGAAGAUGGAGGAGGCUAGAGAAGCCUACGUUGCUGCUGUUGCUGCCGCAAAAGAAAAGCAAGACGAAGAUUCUAUUGCCGCUGCUGCCACUGCAAGGUUACAUCUUCAAUCAUUUGUUUUUAGAAAAUCUGAGCAGCGGAAGUCCCUAGUCGGGAUUCCAAGCAACUACGCGAAGAAUACAUAAAAUUUUCACAACGGGACACAAAUGUGAAACAAAGAGGUGAGACCCACCCUUCAUAUCACUUAUUCGUUCCAUUCUGUGAACUUUUUUUGUGCACUUAGAUUUACUCUCUUGAUAAACAUAUGAUUAUUAACUCAAGAUUGAACUCUCUUUGUUGUCCAAUCUUUUAUAUUAUGUGUUUUUCAAAUAUUUAAUACAGAACACAUGCUUGUAGAUGUUCUCAUGUGUGGGGUUCAUCAUUUGUCAAAUGAAAGUGAGGGAGGUGGGUUGGGAAGUUAUAUUAGUAAUGCAUUUUGGUAAA